GGAAACUAGAAAUGGGUCCCUGUUUACGUCCAUAAGCAGUGGUAGUCAGUAUAGUAACGCAGGGUUCUCAUACUAGGGAAGAACUGAGCACCAAACAACAUACAGCAACACAUCACGACUUCGGCUGAAAGACUUCGCAAAAAAGGUAGGAGAUGAUUGGUGGUGGACCAAGGGCAAGACGUAUAUAUGGGAGCGGCAGACAGUCGUCACCGGCCAGCCGCCGGUUCGUUCUCUGCUGUACCCUCAUCGUGGUCCCUGCCCUACUGGCGGCAUUUUGCGGGGCUGGCAUCAUCGUCUGUGGAGUGCUCGUCGUCAGGCCGGUCGUGAGGACGGGUUCGCUGGGAUUCAGGGAGACAACCUGCACAACAACCGAAGCUUCCUUUACCGGGACUUGGGUGAAAUGUAAUUCGUGUGUCAACUGCCGAACGAAACGAUUUGCCGCCGGUGGAAUUAACGUCCGAUUCCCGUGCCUGGUUAUCAACGUGACGUACCAUGUGAACAACCAAGACUUUAGCGGCAUCUUGUACGAGACUGAAACGCGGUUGGACUGGUCUAUGGAAACAGUACCUUUGUGUGCGACGCAGCCUACAUGCGAAAGAGACGACGCUUAUACUCGUCAGAAAGUAGAGAGGUUUGCGAAAACCUACGGAGUCGGGAAGACCUACAAGUGCCUGUAUAACCCGGACAAUGCCGGGGACGGUUCCGCGGUGUUGCUGAGGAGGCACUUCACACAGCAGUCCGUGAUCCACUCCAUGCUCUGGCUCGGCCUCGGAAUGGUCCUCUUUGUCGGCAUCGUCGUGUACAUGUGCUGCCAGUGUAAGAAGGCACGUGACCAAAUGAUGGCGACACCAGGCACUGCUCCGGCAUCUUCUGUACCACCCAAUGCCACCAUGCUCCGUCCUAUUUACAAUACCCAGUAUGCCCCCAAUGCAGCUUAUACAAACCCCGUGGCGGUGCCUAGUGCAGACCCCCCACCCCCAUCGUACGCAUCCGUUGUACCCGGCCCGACAGAUCUGACACAGCUUGGUGUUUCAGAUAUUUGUGCCAGUAAGUAGUUGACAGAGGGUGGUCUAAGCAGAUAUGACAAUAACAAUGAAGUUAAUUGCAUAUUCAUAUAUGUACAAUAUUUGGGGCUAAAUGCAGUAAGUCAGACACAAAGAGGAACUAGAAAGGCAUCAUUUUUGCAAAAAUGCAGAAUGUUUUCCCUCUAGCCUUGUGUCAAGCUAAUCGCAUGCAAUACAGCCCAUGUAGCCAGGCCUUGUGCACAGCCCUGCCUUUUCUGUAAACCUUUUAUUCUAGGAGGAAGUAAAAAAGAACACACCAUGCCAGCAAAAACAAUAUGUUUUCUCUUUCGGGAAAACAUAAAUAUGUUGUAUGCUUUACUUCUAUCUAUAAUUUACAUGCCUCUCCUCCCUUCUUUAAAGAUUUGGAUACGAAAUAACGACUUUUUUGCCCAUUACACGUGGUCAGAUUAUGACCUUCAAACUUGAAGAUGCCUUCCAAGUUCCAUUGUUAGGUGUGCAUAUUUCUGUUGUACAUAUUUAUGACAUUAACAAUAGGUAUUACGCAUAUCUUUUUUAUACUAUAGGCAUUGUAAAACACGUUUUCUGUAGAUAGUUACGUAGUUCUUGUCACAAAAUGUACACAGUCUGUCAUUAUGAUAUGGAUACAUUCGUGAGAUGAGAACCAACUUCGAGACGUUUUGUACAAAUCAGCAUCCACGAACUUGCAAAGAGUUUAAAAUCUAUCCAAAAAUGUAGCACUCUUUGCAAACUUUCUUCGUAGAUCAAAGGGUCUCCUUUCCUACUUGAGCAGUGUACACCCUCAAUCCAGAAUAGAUUCUCUUUCUUUGAUAUACCAUGCAGUGACAAGUUAGGUUUAGGGUUUUUAGGAUGUUGUCAGACCAUAGAAUAAAGUAAAGAACCAAAUCUA